UACCUCUUAUUAAUUGUCAGUUGCCACCAAUUUUGCUCAUAAUUAUACUACUAUUAUUUCUCCUCCUUCACGUUUCUUGAUUUCAUUAUUACAAUUUUUUUUUAUUUUUUAUUUUUUGUUUCAGUUUGUUUGAAGUAAUACAACAGUGAGAGAUAUGGCUAAAACGACUAUAAUAACAGUAGGUGGAAUGGAUCAGAGGAAUCAAGCAUUGACAACAGAAGCCCCUCAUGCACCAGUUACUGCUGAACGUAGAGUUAGAACUGAUUUGGAAACUUCUAUUCCUAAGCCUUAUAUGGCUAGGGGAUUGGUUGCUCCGGAUAUGGAGCACCCCAACGGAACACCUGACCACAAGCACAACGGCAUGAGUGUUCUUCAACAGCAUGCGGCCUUCUUCGACCAGGAUAAUAAUGGCAUCAUUUAUCCAUGGGAAACAUACUCUGGACUUCGUCAAAUUGGUUUCAACAUGAUUGGAUCGUUCAUAGUGGCUAUUCUAAUCAAUGUUGCUUUGAGUUACCCUACUCUACCAGGGUGGUUUCCUAAUCCGUUCCUUCCCAUAUACAUUCAUAAUAUACACAAGGGCAAACAUGGAAGCGAUUCGGGUACCUAUGACAGAGAAGGCAGGUAUAUGCCAGUGCAUUUUGAGAACAUCUUUAGCAAGUACGCUCGGACAGUGCCUGAUAAGCUUACUCUCGGAGAAGUGUGGGAUAUGACUCAGGCCAAUCGAGAGUUAUUUGAUUUUUUUGGCUGGAUUGUUUCAAAGUUGGAGUGGGGACUUCUGUAUCUUCUUGCUCGUGAUGAAGAUGGUUUCUUAUCGAAAGAGGCCAUAAGGCGAUGCUUCGAUGGGAGUUUAUUCGACUAUUGCGCCAAGGUACAAAUGGGAGGUGACUAUGCUAAGCAAGAAUAGGUUCACUUUGAAGUGUAGAUGUCAAUGUUCUUACACCGAUGUAGUAAUAAUCUGAGAAAUUGCCGUAAACCUUGUAUUGAUGCUUAGCAUUUUCCUUUGUCAAUUAGCAACUCGAGAUGGAUCAGAAUUAUAACGUGUGCGACUAUCUUAUCUAACAUGAAUGUAAUCAAAGAUCAUUGUGUGAGUGUUGUGAACUUGAAUGAUAAGUAAACAAGUGUUACCCCCUUAACACUUGGGCCUGUUUGCACA